AUGUCGUUCGGCUUCCAAUUCGACGACUCCGAGAUGGACGAAGAGUACCUCUCCUCGUCCAACGCACCCUUCCAACCAUCAACAUCCCCCACGACGCAGCAGACAUCCACAUCCGACCAGGCGCCGUUUUGCGAACACUCACUUGAAGAUAUGCUCGAACACCUACCAUCAAGAAUAUCUUACUCCUCGAUCGACAUCAGCCUGUCCAGUGGUAGCGGGUCGAGUCAACCUUACAAGCUCUUACGCCGCGACCUCUUCGAUGCGCGCUUCCAGAUGUUGCUCGACGAAGACGACCACUCCAACUCGCAGGUGGAUACGCACUCCGAUCUCAUCCCCAACGUUUACGAAGGAGGGCUCAAAACCUGGGAGUGUGCGUUGGACCUCGUCGAAGUCCUCCACACCCACUCCACCACCGAUCACAAACACAUCCUCGAGCUGGGCUGCGGGACGGCCCUACCCUCGCUCUUCCUCUUCUCUAACCUUCUUGCUUCGUCAAAUCGGGCUGGUGUGACGCUUCAUCUAGCGGAUUACAACGCGCAAGUGCUGCAACUGGUCACACUGCCCAACCUGCUGCUGACGUGGUACGCCUCGCCGGCCGGAUCGCACUAUCGCUCGCUCGAAGCAUCACACCGCUCGCACGAGCAACAAGAACUCUCGAGGCGCGGUCAAGAACAUUUUGCCACAGACGAGGCCGAGCUCGCCAUCACAGACGAACUCCUUGCUGCGUUCAGCGAGUCGCUCGCAUCGCGUGGCAUUCAGGUGAAAAUCUACUCGGGCGCAUGGAGUGGCUUUCCGCAGUCGUUAGUAGCAGGCAAGAUGGAUCUCAUUUUGACAUCCGAGACGAUCUACUCGCUGGAGUCGCUGCCUGCGCUGGUGGAGCUGCUGGGUCGGUAUGCGGGUGGACAGGUGCUCGUCGCUGCUAAAGUCAUCUACUUUGGCGUAGGAGGAGGGGUCGAGUCGUUCAAGCAGGUCUUGGCGCAACUGCACCCAACGGCGAGGGUCGAACCUGUUCACAGCGUCACCAAGGGCGUAGGACGGACAGUUCUCUCAGUCACUUUCUGA